AUGCCUCCUCUUCCUUCUCCUCUCCCUCCUCCUCCUCCUCCUCCUCCUUCUUCUUCUUCUUCUUCUUCUUCUUCUUCUUCUUCUUCUUCUUCUUCUUCUUCUAUUUUCAUUAAAUACGUUCCAUUUUUUCUUUCUUUCUUUCGCCUUUCUUUAAUAUUCUAUUUCUCUUUCUUUCUUUCUUUCUUUCUUUCUUUCUUUCUUUCUUUCUUUCUUUCUUUCUUUACUACUAUCUCUCCUUUAGAAAUACAAAUACGUUCCAUUUUUUCUUUCUUUCUUUCUUUCUUUCGCCUUUCUUUAAUAUUCUAUUUCUCUUUCUUUCUUUCUUUCUUUCUUUCUUUCUUUCUUUCUUUACUACUAUCUCUCCCUUUAGAAAUACGUUCCAUUUUUUCUUUCUUUCUUUCGCCUUUCUUUAAUAUUCUAUUUCUCUUUCUUUCUUUCUUUCUUUCUUUCUUUCUUUCUUUCUUUCUUUCUUUCUUUACUACUAUCUCUCCCUUUAGAAAUGCAAAUACGUUCCUUUCUUUCUUUCUUUCUUUCUUUCUUUCUUUCUUUCUUUCUUUCUUCGAUUCUAUUCCCCUCUGUUUUCUUUCUUUUGAGCUUUGUUUUAAUUCUCUCUUUUUCUUUUCUGUUUUCAUUUUUUCAUUUUCUUUUCUUUCAUUUCUUAUUUGCAUCUGUUGGCAUCUAUCUAUCUAUCUAUCUAUCUAUCUAUCUAUCUAUCUAUCUAUCCAGCCAGCGCAAUCCUUCCAUAUCUAUCUAUCUAUCUAUCUAUCUAUCUAUCUAUCUAUCUAUCUAUCUAUCUAUCUAUCUAUCUAUCUAUCCAGCGCAAUCCUUCCAUAUCUAUCUAUCUAUCUAUCUCAGUUUAUUUUUUGA